AUGAAAGUUCUUGAUGCUCGUGUGGAGGAGGUCCUUGGAAAUACUACUGCUGGUGCGACAAAGUACGUGUAUCUCCGAGCUCUUACUCGUUUUAUCAAGUGGCUUUACGAGACAUCAGAUGAGGACCGCCGCCAGUCACUUUUUGCGAUCUCGCUUUGUGACAUCGAGACGAUUAAUGCAGACACAAUUGCGGAGUGGUUUGCCAGGCCUCCUGUAUGCAUGCGCUACCUCACUUCGAUGGAACAACGUGGUGUGACUGGGAAGUCUACCUUUGGCAUAGCAGCGCCUCCGUAUUACUAUGGACGUAGUAUUUCCUGGUGUACCACCAAGUUUAAGGAUGAUUUGCCAAUUCGGCCUAGCCUCGUUAUUGUAUCACAGUUCCUACUUGCGGGCUGA